AGACAAGUACAAAGAGGACUCAUGGCUUUGUUCUUUGCUUUCUGUUCGCUUUGGCUUUUAUCUUUUUUGCUCUGUUUUCAUGACAUCUCUGUCACUGCUCUCUUCUCCCUCCUUCCUCCUCCCUCCAGGUUGUUCAGUGUGGUUCUGGAGAUGAUAACCAAAGAUGCUGACUCUGGUGGCCAGACUGGAGGCAAACCUGGGGGGUUUGAUGUCAAGGCCCUCCGAGCCUUUCGCGUACUACGACCCCUUCGCCUUGUCUCUGGAGUCCCCAGUUUACAGGUGGUUUUAAACUCCAUUAUUAAAGCCAUGGUUCCCUUGCUUCACAUCGCUCUGCUGGUCCUCUUCGUCAUUAUCAUCUAUGCCAUCAUCGGCCUGGAGCUCUUUAUUGGAAAAAUGCAUGCCACAUGCUACGUGAUUAAAACAGGUGCCCUUGUGGAAGAAGAGUCCACGCCGUGUGCGGUAUCAGGGCAUGGCCGUCAAUGCCUGCUCAAUGGCACAGUUUGCAGAGAGGGCUGGCAAGGCCCCAACAAUGGCAUCACCAACUUCGACAACUUUUUGUUUGCCAUGCUCACUGUGUUCCAGUGUAUCACCAUGGAGGGCUGGACUGAUGUCCUGUACUGGAUGAAUGAUGCAAUGGGCUUUGAGCUGCCGUGGGUCUACUUUGUCAGUCUGGUCAUCUUUGGAUCUUUCUUUGUUCUCAACUUGGUUUUGGGUGUGUUGAGUGGAGAGUUUUCCAAAGAGCGAGAGAAGGCCAAGGCUCGGGGAGAUUUCCAGAAGCUACGUGAAAAGCAGCAAUUAGAAGAAGAUCUGAAGGGUUACCUGGACUGGAUCACCCAGGCCGAGGACAUUGACCCUGAGAACGAGGAAGAGGGAGACGAGGAGGGAAAGCGUAACCCAAGCAUGCCCACGAGUGAGACAGAGUCAGUGAACACAGAGAAUCACAAUGGAGUGGAGGACAAAUCACCCUGCUGUGGACCGCUGUGUCAAAAAAUUACUAAGUCAAAGUGCAGUCGUCAGUGGCGACGGUGGAACCGUUUCUGCCGCCGGAAGUGUCGUGCAGCUGUGAAAUCUGUAACAUUUUAUUGGCUGGUCAUCAUCUUGGUGUUCCUUAACACUCUCACCAUUGCCUCUGAGCACUACAACCAGCCUGACUGGCUAACUGAAGUACAAGAUGUAGCCAAUAAAGUUCUGCUGGCAAUGUUCACCUUGGAGAUGCUAGUGAAGAUGUACAGUUUGGGGCUGCAGGCUUACUUUGUGUCCCUGUUUAACCGCUUUGACUGUUUCGUGGUGUGUGGAGGCAUCAUAGAGACAAUCCUGGUGGAGCUGGCCAUCAUGUCUCCACUGGGUAUCUCUGUUUUCCGUUGUGUACGACUCCUUAGGAUCUUCAAGGUCACACGUCAUUGGGCAUCUCUUAGUAACCUGGUGGCCUCUCUGCUCAACUCCAUGAAGUCCAUCGCCUCCCUGUUGCUGCUGCUCUUCCUCUUCAUCAUUAUCUUCUCCCUGCUUGGCAUGCAGCUUUUUGGGGGCAAAUUCAACUUUGAUGAGACUGUGACAAAAAGGAGCACAUUUGAUAACUUCCCCCAGGCCUUGCUCACUGUGUUCCAGAUCUUGACUGGAGAAGACUGGAAUACGGUGAUGUAUGAUGGCAUUAUGGCGUACGGUGGUCCGGCCUCCUCUGGAAUGGUGGUGUGCAUUUACUUCAUCAUUCUCUUCAUCUGUGGAAACUACAUCCUACUCAACGUCUUCUUGGCCAUUGCCGUAGACAACCUGGCAGACGCCGAGAGCCUGAACACAGCACAGAAGGAGGAAGAAGAGGCCAAAAAGAGGAAGAAUAGUGCCAAGGAUAUAAGCAUAGAUAAGAAAAAAGUUGAAAUUAUGGAAAGCAAGGAUGGAGAGACCAAGGUGCCAGCAGAGGGCUUGCUGGAGGAAGACAAAGAGUCGUAUCCUGCCAUCAACCCUCAAGAUGAUGAUGACAAUAAUGACGACCUCCCAGAAGUCCCCUCUGGGCCCCGCCCUCUGAGGAUGUCUGAACUCACCAUCAAAGAGAAAACUCCACCCAUCCCCGCAGGCAGCGCUUUCUUCAUCUUCAGCAGCACCAACCCGUUUCGUGUAUUCUGCCACAAGCUGAUCAACCAUCAGAUCUUUACCAACCUCAUCCUGGUCUUCAUCAUGCUCAGCUCCGUCUCUCUUGCUGCUGAGGACCCUAUACGCAAUUUUUCUGCCCGCAAUAUCAUACUUGGUUAUUUUGACUAUGCUUUCACCGCAAUCUUUACUGUUGAGAUCCUGUUGAAGAUCCUAGGCUAUGCAGACUAUGUCUUCACUAGUAUGUUUACAUUUGAGAUCCUUAUUAAGAUGACAGCGUUUGGAGCGUUCCUUCAUAAAGGAGCAUUCUGUAGAAACUACUUCAACCUUUUAGACCUGCUGGUCGUUGGUGUGUCUCUGGUCUCGUUUGGCAUCCAGUCUUCUGCUAUCUCUGUGGUGAAGAUUCUCCGAGUUUUGAGAGUCCUCCGUCCGCUCAGAGCCAUCAACAGAGCCAAAGGACUAAAGCACGUGGUCCAGUGUGUGUUUGUGGCCAUCAGGACUAUCGGCAACAUCAUGAUCGUCACCACUCUGCUACAAUUCAUGUUUGCUUGUAUUGGAGUGCAGCUCUUCAAGGGAAAAUUUUAUCGCUGCACUGAUGACGCUAAGUCCAGUCCAGAGGAGUGCAAAGGUACCUACAUUCUCUACAACAAUGGGGAUGCAGCGCUUCCCAUGGUGAAGGAGAGGAUCUGGUACAACAGUGACUUCAACUUUGACAACGUGCUCAUGGCCAUGAUGGCUCUUUUUACCGUCUCCACCUUUGAAGGAUGGCCUACGCUACUUUACAAGGCCAUUGACUCAAACAAAGAGAACAUGGGUCCCAUCUACAACUACCGCAUUGAGAUCUCCAUCUUCUUCAUCAUCUACAUCAUUAUAAUCGCCUUCUUCAUGAUGAACAUCUUUGUCGGUUUUGUUAUCGUCACCUUUCAGGAGCAGGGAGAGAAGGAGUACAAGAACUGUGAGCUGGACAAGAACCAGCGUCAGUGUGUGGAAUAUGCUCUUAAAGCUCGUCCACUGAGGCGAUACAUCCCCAAAAACCCCUACCAGUACAAGUUCUGGUAUGUGGUCAAUUCUACUGGCUUUGAGUACGUCAUGUUUGUCCUAAUCAUCCUCAACACCCUGUGUCUGGCCAUUCAGCACCAUGGUCAGUCUCAUCUGUUUAAUUAUGCCAUGGACAUUCUCAACAUGGUCUUCACUGGGGUUUUCACUGUGGAGAUGAUCCUCAAACUCAUCGCCUUCAAACCCAGAGGCUAUGUCGGGGACGCCUGGAAUGUCUUCGAUGCCCUGGUGGUGAUUGGCAGUGUAGUCGACAUCAUACUCAGCCAGAACUAUUUUGCUGAUGCAUGGAACACGUUUGAUGCCUUAAUUGUUGUGGGUAGCGUGGUUGACAUUGCCAUCACUGAAAUCAAUUCGGCAGCCAUUCCUGUCGUCAAGGUGAUAGUGGAGCCAGGGAACACGGAGGACAGUGCUCGCAUCUCAAUCACAUUCUUCCGCCUGUUCAGAGUGAUGCGAUUGGUCAAACUGCUGAGCAGGGGGGAGGGCAUCAGGACUCUGCUGUGGACCUUCAUCAAGUCCUUCCAGGCUCUUCCCUAUGUUGCACUCCUGAUAGCCAUGCUAUUCUUCAUCUAUGCUGUAAUUGGAAUGCAGGUGUUUGGAAAAAUAGCCAUGGUGGAUGGAACCCAAAUUAACCGCAACAACAACUUUCAAACCUUUCCUCAAGCCGUCCUAAUGCUUUUCAGGUGUGCCACAGGUGAGGCCUGGCAGGAGAUCAUGCUGGCCUGUCUUCCAGGGAAACUGUGUGAUUCAGAGUCGGAUUACAACCCCGGAGAGGAGAGAACCUGUGGCAGCGGCUUUGCUAUUAUCUACUUCAUCAGCUUCUAUAUGCUCUGUGCUUUCCUGAUCAUCAACCUAUUUGUAGCUGUCAUCAUGGAUAACUUUGACUAUCUCACCCGUGAUUGGUCCAUUCUUGGGCCUCAUCACCUGGAUGAGUUUAAAAGGAUCUGGUCCGAAUACGACCCUGAAGCCAAGGGCAGGAUAAAACACCUUGAUGUGGUGACUCUGCUGAGGAGGAUCCAGCCUCCACUUGGUUUUGGCAAGCUCUGCCCUCACAGGGUGGCCUGUAAGCGUCUGGUGGCAAUGAACAUGCCCCUGAACAGUGACGGGACUGUCAUGUUUAAUGCCACCUUGUUUGCUUUGGUCCGCACUGCUCUCAAGAUUAAGACUGAUGGUAACCUGGAGCAAGCCAACGAAGAGCUUCGAGCUGUGAUCAAGAAGAUCUGGAAGAGGACCAGUAUGAAACUGCUGGACCAAGUGGUUCCCCCUGCGGGCGAUGACGAGGUAACAGUGGGGAAGUUCUAUGCCACCUUCCUGAUACAGGACUACUUCAGGAAGUUCAAGAGGCGCAAAGAGCAAGGUCUUGUGGGGAGGCGCUCAUGGGAGAGACUAAACACUACAAUGGCUCUACAGGCCGGUCUGCGCACGCUGCAUGACAUUGGACCAGAGAUCCGUCGAGCCAUAUCAUGUGACCUGCAACAGGAGGGGCUAGUAGACCCAAAUGGAGAGGAAGAAGAGGAAAUCUACAGGCGCAAUGGUGGCCUUUUUGGAAACCAUGUCAACCAUGUCAACACAGAUCAACAAGGAUACUACCAUCCGACUACUGUCACCCAACGGCCACUACAGAUCCUGCCCUCAUCCUGCAGUGCCUCAAUUGAACCCACCCAAACAGGCAGGAGAGCCAGCGACGAUGACAGAGAAGGAGAGACAGAGAUGAACUCUUCACCCAUCCAGUAUAAUCAUCAUUAUCACACUCAUCAUCCGUAUAAUUAUUCUCACUGUAUUCCCACUUGCCAUCAUUCGCCAAUACCCUCCAAUGCCAACCUCAACAAUGCCAACGUGCCCUCACAUCUCUCCAUGACCAAUGGGAGGCAGCAGAAGUGUUUAAGUCGAGACCGUCCAUCUUCCACCAAAAAUGGAUCAUCAGUGUCCACAUACAGAAAAGGAGUACACGACAAGCUCUGGAAGUCACACUCCACAAGGACACGCUACUAUGAGGCCUACAUUAGGUCAGAAAGCGGCGGUGGAUUCUAUCCCACCAUUUGCAGAGAGGAGCCAGGUGGCAGGGACAGCGAUGACGAGCGAGGCUCAGGAGAGUACUACAGCGGGGAGGAAUUUCAUGAAGAUGAUAUCAUGCUCACAAGAGACAGGUUGUCCAACAACAGCCAGCAUGAUGCAGAAGGAGAGUUUGAUCUCGAGGUUUCCAGGGGCCACCACCAGCCUGAUGGUUACUAUGACGAUGACCAACAGCCGAUCUACCAAGAUGGCAGGCGGUCGCCAAGGAGAUGGUUUUUACCCUCACCUCAAGCCUCCCACAGACCAACAUUCAGUUUUGAGUGUCUUCGCAGAAGAAGUAGUCAGGAUGAGCCUCCUCACUCUCCAUCCUGCACAGCUCUUCCACUACACCUAGUGCAGCAACAGGUAAUGGCGGUGGCAGGUCUCGAUGCCAGCAGAAUUCACCACCUAUCUCCUGCACGGUCACUUCAUUCCUGGGCCACACCUCCUGCCUCACCCAGCAGUCGUGACUGCUCACCAUGCUAUACACCACUCAUACAGGUGGACUGGCGCAGUUCCGGCAGUGUCGGCAGCAUCCCUGCAGCAAUGAAGAGGAGCUCGUGGUAUACCGACAGCCAGGACGGUCCUUCCAGCCGCAGCCAAUCUCCGUCACGUCUGCAGUUACCUGCAGAGAGCUGCUCACACUUUCUGCAGAAGAGAGGAAGCGCCAACAGUUUAGUGGAGGCUGUGUUGAUCUCUGAAGGUCUCGGGAAAUACGCCAGGGACCCCAAGUUUGUGUCAGCGACCAAACACGAAAUCGCAGAUGCCUGUGAGAUGACCAUCGAUGAGAUGGACAGCGCCGCCAGUAACCUCCUGAAUGGCAGUAUGGAUCACGGUAACACAGGGGCAACGGAGAACGUCAGCUCGGAACCACAUGCCCCGCAUCUUAAAGAACGCAGUAUACGUGACUACAGCGAUGAGGAGCCAUACGUGGCUGUGAAAUGCGAGGAGGACCUAACAGACGAGAUGAUAUGCAUCACGUCGCUAUAGCAGCGGCUCACGCGGGAUUAUCUAGGUUUUUUCAAUUGAAUUUCUAACACUAUUUUACAGUGAGGGGAUGUCUGUGUUUAAGUGCAUCCUGCAAUAGACAAAAUAUGUAAAACAUGGAUGGAUAAGAGAACAAAGUGCCUUGUUUUCUCUUUCUGUGGAGUGGAGAAUUGAAAAGCAGAGAUACUUUCAGCAAAUAUUGAAACCAGAGGGAAUCAAUCAGGAUACUUUCCAGGGAUUGUUUUCUAUUUUCUUUAAUAUUAACAGUGGUUUGACGGAGCAGAAUAACAAAGCCAGCCCACAGCUCAGUGGAAGUUUCCAACAUGCACUGAGUAUCAAGUCAAACAUCUGAAAGCUUGAAGGGGUUGAUUAACAGUAAUGAUGUGAAAUGGAUGUGAAAUGAAGCAACAACUUUAAUUUGUGGGUACAUCCAUACUGAGUGAACAAUUGAACAGUGAACAAUCUGCAACAUCCUAACAUUGUGUAACUUUGUACAAACCAGACAUUCUUCACUCAUAUUUCACUAUGCCACACUCACAGAUCAUCUGUAUGAAACUUGUCUCGCAGAUUUAUUUCAGAUUUUGAAAACAUUUCACACACACACACACACACACACACACACACACACA